AUGUGCGAGCGGCGAGUGCACUCUAUUCGAGCUAAAUACCUUCGAGCAGUGAUGCGCCAGGACAUGACAUGGUUCGAUCAACAGCAAACUGGAGCGCUUACCAUGAAGAUGAGCAGCGGUAUGGAGCGAAUAAAGGAUGGUAUUGGAGACAAACUUGGACUGAUCCUCGGAGCCUUCGGAAGUUUUGUCGGUGGAAACUCACUCGGUUUCUAUCUCAGCUGGAGGAUGACAUUAGUCAUGCUCACCACGGUACCGCUACUACUAGGAGCCACACAAGUUUCUGGAAAGUUACUGUCGAGGGCAUCCAAAAUGGAGACUUACGCCUACUCAUCUGCGGCCGCUCUCGCCAAUGAA